CCCCCACCUAGUUGUUGAGUGGGGAAGUGAGAGUGCCAUAGUACUGAAAGUGCUGAACUCUGAAUGUGAAAGGGGAGCUUCAGAAUUACUCUCCACGGCAUGUGACAGGAUUGUCAGGAAAUGGGUCUGUGUGCCCUCUCCUAACCAUCAAUGGCUUGGAGAUCAAUCAGCCUUUUGACUGAAUUUAAGAUUCCAAAGAAGUUGGGUUUCCAAGGAAAUAUGGUCCUAAUGCCAUAGGAUGCAUUUUAGAAACAAAUGGAAUUUAAAUGAAAGUUGGGUGUGAACAUCAUUCAAGUGAGAAUUGUAUUCACAAGAUGUACAAGUUAAUUCUUCUGUUCUUCUGUUUUGAAUACAUUUUUCAGACUUCUAAGAGUUUAUAUUGUGGGCCAAUACGAAAACAAUCUACAACCAUUUUUACCGAAUGGAGUGAGUUUCCUAAAGGAGAAAAGCCCGAAUAUUAUUUUUUAAAAUAUCAACCAAUCAAAGACUUCAGUAAAAAAAAUGUGAAAAACAUUUCUGCAGAACAACACAAGGUUCAGAAAUCUACAAUAACAGUUGAGGAAAAUGAAGAAUAUAACAUCAUUAUACAGUCAGUACGAAAUGGGGAAAUUUUAAGUGCAAAAUCAUUCAGGACACGUGGGAUCUCAAAUAAUAACAUUAAAGUUCUUGUGACAAGUACAAGUGUUUCUUUUAACUGGAGUACAUUGCCCCAUGACUUUUCAGUUUUAAUAUCUCUUAAUAAUUCAUCUCAAAGCAUACAGAACAAUGCGAUAUUUUAUGAAUGGGGCCAUUUGGAACCUUCAACUUUAUACAUUUUCAAAUUUGAAUUUAAACAGCUGCACUUGGAUUUUAUAAAUGUUUUCCAGAGGCUGGAUAUUCAUGUUGAAACAGGAUCCUGCUCACCAGAAUGGGUUGCAUUAAAAAAUAAUUGUUACAGAAUCAGCAAAGAUAGCCAGCCAUGGAAUGUAGCUCAGAAAAUCUGUAAUAUACCUUUACAUUCAGCACAUCUUGUUGAUAUAAAAAGUGAAGAGGAAAAAAAAUUUAUAUAUUCUUAUCUCAGAAAAACCAACCAAAUAAUAACUUGGACUGGUCUUAAUGAUAUAAAGAAAGAAGGUCACCCCUUGUGGACAGAUGGAUCUUAUUAUAGCCUUAAGAAAGAUGAAAUCUUUUCUUUUCCAUUGCUACCAAAGAAUGAAACAGACUGCUAUAUUCUACAGCAAAAUGCUACCGGAUCCAACUACUUCUUUACGGGGUUUUUCUGCUAUGUCCCUUUGCCAUAUAUUUGUGAAUAUGAAUUACCUUCAUUACCAGAGAAUUUUGGGUUCUAUGUGAAGGAUGUUGGAACAACCCAAGUUAUCCUUGGUUGGAAGAGUUUGAAAAAAUGGAUGAAAUCUGGAUAUAAGCUGGUUAUUAAAUAUUACUUCGAAAAUUCUAAUGGGCAGUACUUUGAGACUGUGCCUCUAAAUUCAACUGAAAAAACAAUCAUGCAACUGUCUGCUGGACAUAUUUAUAGAUUUUUACUCUUAGCAAAGAACCCAGAGGAAUCUCAGAUUGUGUUAAGUCCAGUUCUGAUAGUUGAGACACGCCCAUUACAAGCAAAAAAUUUGAUAGUGACACGUGUAACGCCAAUGGAGAUAUUUUUGCACUGGGAUCCCCCAGAUGAUUUUUCAAGCACCUCUUUCCAUCAUUACUUUGUGACCAUUUUGGAUACCAAAGCCAAUAAGUCAGAAGCAUUGUCCGUGGAAAAAGUCAACACAACAACAGUAAUAGGAAACCUCAAACCUUAUCAUCAGUACCAGAUCCAUUUUUUCAGUGUUGCAGAAAAAGGAUCUUUAAGCUGCCUUGAGAAACCAAUAUUAAUCAUAACAGGUGUCAGCCCACCACGAAAUGUUUCUGCCAAAUCUGAUGAUGUGGGAGAAGACAGUAUAAUUCUUCAGUGGGAACCCCCACAUGAUAGUUUUGAAUUCUACAUUCAAGCAAAAUCUAUAUCAGAUGCAUCUGAAACCAUUAAGCACUUAGUAAAUAACACUAACAAAUUCAAGAUUGAUCUAUUAACUCCUGGGAUGACCUAUGACAUAGGAGUAGCAACAGUGAAAAAUGGAAAUAAGAGUGAACUCAUCACUAUUCAAAAAACUCUAAAACCCAAACCAGUUCAGAUUAUUAUCCCAUAUGAAUUUCACAGUACUUCUGUGAUUUUAUUUGUUCAAAUGCCUGACAUUGGUGUGUUUGAUGGCAUAUAUAUUAUAACGAAUAGAGGUCCCAAUAUAACAGUGCCUUUAAAAAGCAACAACAAAAUUACUAUUGAAAAUCUGACCCCAGGCACAGAAUACAAUUUCCUGGUUUCUACAAUCAGUGGAGACAGACUAAGCACUAUGUAUCGUGUACCUUCAGUAAAAACUUGUCUGGAAGUUCCAUUAAACAUUCGUGAAGGUAGAGUUACAGAUACUUCUAUUCAAAUUCUUUGGGACCGAGUUGAUGGAAAUUUUCAGCAUUAUGAGAUUACAUGCACAAACUGUGCAGAUGCUGUCAUGGUCCAAAAGGUAAUUCAAGAAAAUGCAAUAUUCUCCAACCUGACUCCAGCCACAAUCUACAAUUUUUCCAUUAGAACUGAAAAAGAAGGAUUUAAAGAUAGCAUUCCAAGGAUAAAAGAAAUACAGACAGCACCUAGUGCAGUUGAACAUAUGAAUCACAGCAGAGACUCAAUAUCAAUAACGGUAACCUGGCUUCCAGCUAAAAGUAUACUCGAUGGAUAUAUUAUAUCAAUAGCCAGUGAAGGUUUCAUGAAAGAAGAAAUGUUAUAUUCUACUGAGAGUAUGUUCAAAUUUAAUGGCCUUGCCCCAGGGACUGAUUUUUUAAUUAGUAUUGUGACUACCAAUGGACUAAAGAAGAGCCAGCCUACUAUCCUUCAGGCUAGCACUUUUCCAGAUCCUCCUUCAGACUUUCAAGUUUUUGGAGAGGAAGAGAACACAAUAUAUUUGUCUUGGAAACUUCCACAAGGUGGCUUUGAGAAAUUUCAGAUCUUGUAUCAUGUGACAACUAAAAGGGAAAUUUUAUUUAAAUUAAUUGCUUAUGGAAGUAGAGCUAAAGUGAAAAAUCUGACCCCUGGAGUGGAAUAUGUAUUUCAGAUGAAGACAGUUAGAGGCAUGGAUUAUAGUGAAUCUGUUGAGAAGAAGGUGAUUACAAAACCAGCUGGCAUAUGCGGCUUAGCCUUAAAAGCUGUGAAUACUUCUGCUGCAACGUUAAUGUGGAAUCCAACAAAGACCAACUUCACCCACUACAAGAUUUGUUUAUCAAAUAAUACAUUUGCUAAUGAAUAUUACAUUUUUGGAACCAUGACUGACCAUACAGUUACAGAUCUGACUCCUGGUGGCACUUACAACAUCACAGUACAGAGAAUAAGAGGUGAUAUUGAAGGAUAUAGAUCAUUUAUCCAGGUGGUUGCAGAACCUGAAAGACCAGCAAAACUUAAAGCCUUCAAUAUUUCAACACACUCCUUUUCUUUGCACUGGAGAAUGCCUUCUGGACAUGUGGAAAGGUAUCAUGUGGUUCUUGUUCCUGAUGGUGGCGUUGUUGCAAUCAGAGAUCUUGGCCAUGGGGAGUAUCAGGUUGAUGUCUCAAAUGCUGUUCCUGGGACAAGGUACAAUGUAACCAUUUCUUCAGUUUCUGCUACUACUUUUGGUACACCUGUUAGUAAAAUGGUGACAACAAAUGUGACCAAUCCAGGGCCUCCCGUGUUCCUUGCAGGUGAAAGAGUAGGAUCUGCUGGAAUCCUUCUUUCUUGGAAUACACCACCAAAACCAAAUGGAAGGAUUAAAUCAUAUAUUGUUAAAUAUAAGGAAGUUUGCCCAUGGAUGCAAACCACUUAUACACAAGUUAGAGCAAAACCAGAUAGUUUGGAAGUGCUUCUUACUAAUCUUAAUCCUGGAACAACUUAUGAAAUUAAGGUGGCUGCUGAAAACAGUGCUGGUAUUGGGAUAUUUAGUGAGCCCUUUCUCUUCCAAACUGCAGAAAGUGCUCCAGGCAAAGUGGUGAAUCUCACUGUGGAGACCUUCAAUUAUUCAGCAGUCAAUUUAAUUUGGUAUUUGCCUCGGCAACCAAAUGGUAAAAUUACUAGCUUCAAGAUAAGUGUCAAGCAUGCAAGAAGUGGAAUCAUAGUGAAAGAUGUCUCAAUUAAAGUUGAGGAUCUUCUCUCAGGGAAGUUGCCAGAGUGUAAUGAAAAUAGCGAAUCUUUUUUAUGGAGCACAACCAGACCUUCACCAACAUCUGGUAGAGCUACAUCACCUCCUAGGAUCACAUACAUACCCAGUGCCCUGGCAAUGAGUCGAAAAAGUUCGGUGUGGAAUGAGCCUAUCAGUUUUGUAGUAACCCACUUGAGGCCAUACACCACAUAUCUGUUUGAAGUCUCUGCAGUUACUACAGAAGCAGGCUACAUUGACAGCACCAUUGUCAGAACUCCAGAAUCAGUGCCUGAGGAUCCACCUCGGAAUUUGGCAACAGGAAACAUCACAGAAAAUUCUUUUUCCAUUUCCUGGGAUCCACCAAGUAUAGUAACAGGAAAAUUUAGUUAUAGAGUUGAACUGUAUGGCCCAGCUGGUCAUAUUUUGGAUAAUAGCACAAAAGACCUUAAGUUCACAUUUACUAAUCUGACACCCUAUACAACAUACUAUGCAUAUAUUGGUGCUGAGACGAGUGCAGGAAUUGGACCCAAGUCAAAUCUUUCCAUUUUCACUCCUCCAGAUGUUCCAAGUGCAGUAUUUGACUUACAACUUUUAGAAGUUGAAGCCACACUAAUAAGCAUUACUUGGAAGAAACCACGACAACCCAAUGGAAUCAUUAGUCAAUAUAGGGUACAAGUGUUCAUUUCCGAGACAGGAAUUAUUUUGGAAGAUACGUUGCUUACAGGAAAAGAUGAGCUUAUGAGUGACUCCAUGACUCCAGAAACUGAAGCUCUAAUAAAUGAAGUGACCGCUUCCUAUGAAGGCUCAGCAGAGAUGUUUUCCAACAUGGCAGCAGGAUCUCCAGUUCUCUUUUCCAGUCUUUCUCAAAGUAGUAUUCCCCAAACAAAUGGAAAUGAUGAACUUUAUUCAACAACUGGAACAAGUGAUUCGUAUUUCACUGACAUUUCAGCAGAACAGCUGUCUUAUGUUGUAAAGAGGCUUGCACCUUUCACCGAAUAUAGGAUCAGUGUGUCUGCUUUCACAAUUAUGGGAGAAGGACCACCAACUGUUCUCAAUGCCAGGACAAGUGAGCAAGUGCCAAGCUCCAUACAAUCUAUAAACUAUAAAAACAUUAGCUCAUCAUCUAUUUUGCUAUAUUGGGAUCCACCAGAAUAUCCCAAUGGAAAAAUAACUCACUAUACAAUUUAUGCCAUGGAACUGGAUACAAACAGAGCAUUCCAGAUGACUACUCUAGAUAACAGCUUUCUUAUCACAGGUUUGAAGAAAUAUACAAAGUAUAAAAUGAGAGUGGCUGCUUCAACCAGUAUUGGGGAGAGUUCUUUGUCUGAAGAAAAUGACAUUUUUGUGAGAACCCCAGAAGAUGAGCCAGAAUCACCACCCCAAGGUGUUGAGGUUAUAGAUGUGACUUCUACAGAAAUAAAACUAAAGUGGUUGCCCCCAGAAAAACCUAAUGGAAUUAUCAUCUCCUAUGAAGUCAUUUACAGAAAUGCAAACCAUUUGUUCUUUAAAAACUCUUCAACAACAAGUAUCAUUCUGAGCAACUUAAAACCUUAUACCCUUUACAACAUUUCUGUAAGGUCUUAUACUAGAAUUGGUCAUGGAAAUCAAUUAUCAUCUUCGCUCUUUGUGAGAACUUCAGAAACUGUUCCUGACAGUGCACCUGAAAAUAUCACCUAUCGCAAUAUUUCAUCUGGAGAAAUUGAGCUCUCAUUCCUUCCUCCAAUAAAUCCCAAUGGGAUCAUACAGAAAUAUACCAUCUAUCUCAGAAGGAAUAAUGAAAAUGAAGAAAGGACUAUAAAUACAACAAAGUUGUCACAGAAUAUUAGAGGGCUGAAGAAAUAUACUCAUUAUACAAUUGAGGUUUCUGCAAGUACUCUUAAAGGAGAAGGUGUCCGAAGUAUGCCUGUAACAAUACUGACUGAAGAAGAUGCUCCUGGUUCUCCUCCACGAGAUUUCUCAGUAAAACAGUUGUCUGGUGUCACGGUGAAGUUGUCAUGGCAACCACCCCUGGAGCCAAAUGGAAUUAUCCUCUAUUACACAGUUUAUGUCUGGGAUAAAUCAUCUCUAAAAGCUAUUAAUGUAACUGAAACAUCACUGGAAUAUGCAGAUUUGGAAAAUAAUAUUAAAUACAAUGCUUAUGUCACAGCAAGCACAAGAUUUGGUGAUGGAAAAAUUAAAAGUAACCUCAUUAGCUUUAGGACGCCAGAGGGAGCACCCAGUGAUCCACCAAAAGAUGUCCAUUAUGCAAAUCUCACUUCCUCAUCAAUAAUUCUUUUUUGGGACCCUCCUUCAAAGCCCAAUGGGAUUAUACAGUAUUACUCUGUUUAUUAUCAAAAUAAUUCAGGUACUUUUAUGCAGAAUUUUACUCUGCAUGACAUAGUCAGUUUCUCUGACAAUAUGACAAUAUCUGCAGUAAUAGAAAAUUUGGCAGUAUUCAGCUACUAUGUAUUUUGGGUGACAGCAAGUACUUCAAUGGGAAAUGGAAACAAAACCAGUGAUGCAAUUCAAGUGUACACAGAUCAAGACAUACCAGAAGGGCUCGUUGAAAACCUGACUUAUGAAACUCUUUCUUCAACUGCAAUAAAUGUCAGCUGGUUCCCACCAUCUCAGCCAAAUGGUCUAGUCUUCUACUAUGUUUCAUUGAGCUUACAAGAAAACGCACAUAGAACAAGACCACCUCUGAAAACUUAUGAGAGAAGCCUGGUUUUUGACAAUUUGAAAAAAUACACUGAUUAUAUAUUAAAAAUCACUCCAGCAACAGAAAAGGGAUUCUCUGAUUUGUAUACAGCCCAACUACACCUCAAAACUGAAGAAGAUGUUCCAGAUUCUUCACCAGUAAUCAACACUUUUAAAAACCUUUCUUCUACCUCAGUUUUUUUAUCCUGGGAUCCCCCAGUACAGCCAAAUGGUGCUAUAAUAAGUUAUGAUUUAACUUUAGAUGGAGUAAAUGAAAGCUAUUCUUUUACUACCUCUGACAACUCUAUCAUACUGGAUGAGCUCUCACCAUUUACACUUUAUAGUUUUUUUGCUGCUGCAAGAACUAGAAAAGGACUUGGUCCUUCUUCUACACUCUUUUUUUACACAGAUGAAGCAGCACCACUAGCACCACCGCAGAAUUUGACUAUAAUCAAUUAUACUUCUGACUCAGUAUGGUUAAUGUGGAACCCAAGUCCUCUUCCAAGUGGUGUUGUUAAAGUUUAUAAUAUUAAAAUUCAUGAAAAUGGAACAGAUACUAUAUUUUAUCAGAACAUAUCGGGUUUUCAAACUGAAGCUAAAAUUGUUGGAUUGGAACCUAUCACUGCCUAUUCAGUUAGUGUAUCAGCGUUUACAAGAGUUGGAAAUGGCAAUCAUUUCAGUAAUAUUGUACUAUUCACAACCCAAGAAUCAGUUCCAGAUGUUGUUCAGAAUGUUCAUUGUACUGCCACUAGUUGGCAGUCAAUUCUACUCAAGUGGGAUCCCCCUAAAAAGGCAAAUGGAAUAAUUACACAUUAUAUCAUAACAACUGAAGGGAAUUCUACAAAAAUAGCUUCACAAGAGCAUAUGCAUAAUUUUAAAGAACUUCUUUCAAAUACUUCUUAUGUGUUUAAAAUACAAGCCUCUACAUCUGCUGGGGAAGGAAAAGAGGAAAUAUGCAAUGCUAGUACAUUACAUGAAACAGUUCCCAGUGCUCCCAGAAAUGUUACUUUAUCUGAUAUCCAAUCAACUAGUGUAACUUUGACAUGGAUUAUACCAGAUGCUAUUCUUGGCUACUUUAGAAACUACAAGAUUACAAUCCAAUUAAGAUCUCCACAGUGCAUUGACUGGGAUUCUGAGGAGUGCAUCGAACAAAGCCAAAAUCACUACCUGUAUGAACCUGACCUUCUUGAAGAAACCAUACAUGGAUUGAAGAAAUUCCGAUGGUAUCGAUUUCAGGUAGCUGCUAGCACCAAUGCUGGCUAUGGCAAUACUUCAAAUUGGAUUUCCACAAAAACUCUCCCUGGUCCUCCAGAUGAUCCUCCUGAAAAUGUAAAUGUCAUAGCUACCUCAGCUUAUAGUAUUAAUAUCAGUUGGAAUGAACCUAUUGCUAUCACUGGACCAACUUUUUACCUUAUAGACAUUAAGUCGGUAGAUAGUAAUGAAUAUAAUGUUUCUUUCAUCAAAGCAAAUGAGGAAAAUAAAACCAUGGAGAUUACGAAUUUAAAAGUAUUUACAAGGUAUUCUGUAGUAAUCACUGCAUUUACUGGAAACCUCAGUUCAGCCCAUAUAGAUGGCAAGGCAAGUGCUCAAGUCAUCGUUACUACAUUAGAAUCAGCACCUAAAGAUCCACCAAACAACAUGACAUUUCAGAAGAUUCCUGAUGAAGUCACAAAAUUCCAGCUAACUUUCCUUCCACCAUCUGAACCAAAUGGAAAUAUCCGAGUCUAUCAAGCUUUGGUGUACAGAGAAGAUGAUCCCACUGUCUUUCAGAUACACAAUCUGAGUAUCAUCCAGAAAACAGACACAUCAGUCAUUGCAAUGUUAGAAGGAUUAAAAGGAGGCCACACCUAUAAUAUAAGUGUGUAUGCUGUCAAUGGUGCUGGAGCAGGGCCUAAAGCUCAGAUGAGAAUAACAAUGGAUAUUAAAGCACCAGCAAGACCGAAAAAUAAGCCAAUUCCAGUCUAUGAUUCCACUGGAACUGUGCUUGUUACUUCAAAAACCAUUACAAUCAGAAUGCCAAUAUGUUAUUAUAAUGAUGAUCAUGGACCCAUCAAAAAUGUUCAAGUUCUGGUUUCAGAAGCAGGAGCUCAACACGAUGUAAAUAUUACAAAGUGGUAUGAUGCAUACUACAAGAAAGCGAGGCCAUAUUUUGCAAAUGAAGGUUUUCCCAAUCCACCCUGCACAGAUGAAAAACUACAACUUAGCAGCCAUGAUGAUGUGUAUGUCAUAGGUGCUGAUAAUACGUGUAUGAUACCAGGCAAUGAAGACAAAAUUUGCAAUGGCCCCCUGAAACCAAGAAAGCAAUAUGUAUUUAAGUUUAGAGCAACAAAUAUCAUGGGACAAUUUACUGACUCUGAUUAUUCUGACCCAGUAAAGACAUUAGGUGAAGGACUGUCAGAAAGAACUGUAGAAAUCAUUCUCUCUGUUACCUUGUGUAUCCUUUCUAUAAUUCUCCUGGUGGCUGCUAUUUUUGCAUUUGCAAGAAUUCGACAGAAGCAGAAAGAGGGGGGCACAUACUCUCCGCGGGAUGCAGAAAUUAUUGACACCAAAUUCAAGCUGGAUCAGUUUAUCACAGUGGCAGACCUGGAGCUGAAGGAUGAGAGAUUAACUCGGCCAAUAAGCAAGAAAGCCUUCCUGCAACAUGUCGAAGAGCUCUGUACAAACAACAACCUAAAGUUUGAAGAAGAAUUUUCGGAGCUCCCUAAAUUCCUCCAGGAUCUUUCUUCUACUGAUGCUGACCUGCCUUGGAAUAGGGCAAAAAACCGCUUCCCAAACAUAAAACCAUAUAAUAACAACAGAGUGAAACUAAUAGCAGAUGCCAGUGUACCAGGAUCUGAUUACAUCAAUGCCAGUUAUGUGUCUGGCUAUCUAUGUCCAAAUGAAUUUAUUGCUACUCAAGGACCAUUACCUGGAACAGUAGGGGAUUUUUGGCGAAUGGUCUGGGAAACCAGAGCAAAAACUUUAGUGAUGCUGACACAAUGUUUUGAAAAAGGACGAAUCCGAUGCCAUCAAUAUUGGCCAGAAGACAACAAGCCAGUGACUGUAUUUGGAGAUAUAGUGAUUACCAAAGUAUUAGAAGACAUUCAGAUUGAUUGGACCAUCAGAGAUCUGAAAAUUGAAAGACAUGGAGAUUGUAUGACAGUUCGACAGUGUAACUUUACUGCUUGGCCUGAACAUGGAGUUCCUGAAAAUAGUGCACCAUUAAUUCACUUUGUGAAGUUAAUUCGAGCAAAUAGAGCCCAUGACACCACACCAAUGGUUGUUCAUUGCAGUGCUGGAGUUGGAAGAACUGGAGUUUUUAUUGCUCUGGACCAUUUAACACAACAUAUAAAUGACCAUGACUUUGUGGAUAUAUACGGACUUGUAGCAGAACUGAGAAGUGAGAGAAUGUGCAUGGUGCAGAAUCUGGCACAAUACAUUUUUUUGCAUCAGUGCAUUUUGGAUCUAUUAUCAAGUAAGGGAAGUCAUCAACCCAUCUGUUUUGUGAAUUAUUCAGCCCUUCAGAAGAUGGACUCUUUGGAUGCCAUGGAAGGUGAUGUUGAGCUUGAAUGGGAAGAAACCACCAUGUAAACACUAUGACAAAAGAUUACAACCAGAGGAUUUUUUUAAACCCAGGGGCCAAAUGUAUUCCCCUAUUAACCUGAAUAAAAAUUCACAAUCUUGAAAACAAUCCUUUAAAAAAAACCCAAAAUUGUUAUAAAUUGUUACAAAAAAGUGACAAUUGUUUUGUAAAAGCAUCUGGAUAACAGUUUCUUCAUUUAAAAAAAAUGCACAGAAUUACAUAAUCUGCCUUUAAAACAAAUGUGAAUUCUGAGACAUCCCAGAGUAUCUUGCAGAUCCACACAUUGUUUUUUUCCUAAAUGGGCCAAAUAUAAUGUGAAGUUAUCAUCCCCUUAAUAUGAAUGCUUCACUGUGAAUUCUCCCUGAUUUUAAGUCAGUGCUGUAAAUGUUGAUGCAGUGGUGGCCUUUUGGCCUCCUGAGUGUUGACAUUUCUUGUGGAUUACUUCCAGAACUGUCAUGAUGAUCUCUGUCUCAAUGUAUGUUCCUGGGUUUUGAAUCUUCUAUUUUAUGAGUGCUGGGAUAUCAACUCAUGAUCCUGAACAGCUGAACAGUCACCCCCUGACACUGCAGGAAUUAUUCAGCUUUUAUGCAACACACAGUAGCUCUUUAGGGACACUUGGGGCUAUUUAAACUGCUUUGUGAUUCCCAGUUUAAAAAAUAGAAGAAAACAAAGAAAUGAAGAGAGAAAAUGAUUCAUCGAACUAUAUAAAAAAAAAAAUCAAAGUAUCUAUCCCUCAAACUAGGCAGUUUCUGGAAACAUACCAUCAAAUAUGUUUCAUUCUAUUUUAAAGUACAAAGUAGAGUAAGUUUAUCUAAAUGUUGUCUUUUAGGAAUAGACUAAUCUGAUUAUUUUGUAUUUUUAGAGAAUUCCUGUACCUGCUAAUACUACUUAAAAAACAACAAACAAACAAAAAAGAACAAUGGUAAGAUGAUUCCAACUUGUAAAUUAAUGAUGUAGAUUAAACAGUCUAUUGUACUACUGUGGUGCCAACAGGGUCUUAAAAUCAGUUUGAAUAGCUUGGUCUGAAUUUCAUUUCCUAGUAUUGAUUCAUGGUGUGUGUGUGGGGUGAUGUUCUAUGUCAUACCUAGAAAUGAAGAACUGGAACCCAACAGCAAACCAUAAAGAGAUUUAGAAAGAAAACUUUUGUCUCUAUGUCCUCAGCUUAUUAGGAAAUGGGAAAAAAUGUAAUAAUUAGAUUUUGAACUUAAGCAUAGUGUUGUUAUUUCACUUGAAUAUUUAAAGCAAAUAGUAUUGGCCUGUCUAAACUCCUAAUGCUUCUUAAAGAACUCCCACAUGAAUAUUUGUUGGUUGACCUAUUCAUAUAAUUUCUUUAUGCAAAUGACAGUCCGAUGAAAGAAGUUUGCUACUGUGGUAAGACCCUAAAUAUUUUUGAAAAUGUUAAUACAAUUAAUAUUGUUUUCACAUGUGCUUUAAUAUAUAUAUACAUAU